AUGUUUUCUUCCUCUGUAUCCAUCUCUAUCUUGGUCGUGGUGGCCAUGCAAUUCUCUUUUAUCCACAAUGUUUUGUCCCUAAAUCAGACCAAUUCGUAUCUGCAACACAUAUGCAUCAACAGUGAAGGAAAAUACAAGGCAAAGAAUUCAUACGAGAGCAGACUCAAAGAUCAUCUCGACAGUAUGUCUAACAUUCUAGACUACGGUUUCAUCCACGGUGUUGGUGGUGCGGAUUCUAGUACCUACUACAUCAAGGCCCAAUGUCGGGGAGAUGCCUCCGAAUCCAAGUGCCGCUCUUGCCUCUUUACCGCCUUCUCUGGGAUUCUUAGGAGAUGUCCGAACAACAGAGGGAGAAUAAUAUGGUACGACAACUGUUUUCUCUACAUUUCCGAGAUAUAUACCUACGAGAAGAUUGAUUUCAAGCACUAUUUGUAUUUGCACAAUGCCAAAGAUGUGAGCGGCAAUAAAAAGUUGUUCAACAAGAACACAAAGGCUCUCCUAGAUAAGCUCAAGGAGAAAGCAAUUCGUAAAGAACAAGAGCCUUACACAAGAGACUACAUGUAUGCAGCGGGGGAGGAAAGUCUCGGGACGACGAAAUUGUAUGGGAUGAUGCAGUGUACACAAGACUUAUCAGUUAAAAAUUGCAGUGUGUGUUUGGAUUCGAUUAUUGCAAAGCUUCCCAGAUGCUGCAACGGUAAACAAGGAGGAAGAGUUUUGAAUCCGAGUUGUACUUUUAGGUACGAGCUCUAUCCUUUUGUAAAACCGUAA